AUGUCCAAGGGAAGCUGCAUUAACGGUGCGGUGGCGCCCAUAUCAAGUGAAGAGAAGACUGGGAAAAAGCUCAGCAGAAAAGAGCUGAAAAAGCUACAAAGAAAAGCAGAGUAUGAGCGUGAGAUUAAAGAAAUGGGUGGUACAGUUGAAAAUCAAAAGGAAAAAGAAAAAAAAGGAAGUGGUGGAAUUGGGUCAGGUGCUGAACUUGGACAACAGUUUUCCGUUUCUCAGCAAGCGAAAUCUGCUGGACAACGAAUUCAGCUUGAAAAUGCCGUUGACAUUAAGGUGGAAAACUUUGAUAUUGCAGCUCAAGGACGAGUUUUGUUUCACAAAGCUGAGUUAACAAUAGCUUUCGGAAGACAUUACGGUCUCGUUGGCCCAAAUGGAAUGGGCAAAACUACACUUUUGAAACAUAUUGCGGCCAGAAGGUUGGACAUUCCACCAAAUAUUGAUCUUCUUUAUUGCGAACAAGAAAUUGAAGUUGACAAGACUUCUGCUAUUGAUGCUGUGGUUAAAUCAGACAAACAUCGCCUGGCUCUGAUGCAAGAGGAGACUCAGCUGAUAAAGAAGUUAGAAAAAGGAGAUAUUUCAGUUGGCGAACAUUUAAAGGAGGUCACUGAUGAGCUGAAGAAUAUAAAUGCAGACGCAGCAGAACCAAAAGCACGCCGUAUAUUGGCUGGUCUUGGCUUCACAAAAACUAUGCAAGAAAAACCAGUUGAAGCAUUUUCGGGUGGUUGGCGUAUGCGUAUAUCAUUAGCCCGAGCUCUUUUCUUAGAACCAACGUUACUGAUGCUUGAUGAGCCAACUAAUCAUCUUGAUUUGAAUGCAGUUAUUUGGCUCGAUAACUAUUUACAAAUGUGGAAGAAAACCUUAUUGAUUGUCUCACAUGACCAGGGUUUUCUAGACAGUGUGUGCACAGAUAUUAUCGAUUUGCAGGAUCAAAAACUGUAUUACUAUAAAGGAAAUUAUUCUGCUUUCAAAAAAAUGAAAGAUCAAAAAAUGAGAGAACACAUGAAAGCCUUCGAAACUCAGCAAAAGCAACUAGCCGCUAUGAAGAAAAGUGGUAAAAGUUCGAAACAAGCUGUUGAAGAAAUGAAAAACCGAUUACAAAACAAACAGAAUAAAGUUAAUAAGAGCAAAAAAGGAUCAAGUGUUAUGACUGAUGAAGUUAGUGCAGCACCAGUAGAAUUGCUACAAAAAAUAAAAGAAUAUAACGUGAAGUUUACUCUUCCAGACCCGACAAAGUUACCACCUCCAGUGCUUGGGUUACACGGCGUAACUUUUGGUUACAAAGACCAAAUGUUAUUUAAAAACCUUGAUUUUGGUGUGGAUAUGGAUUCUCGUAUUGCGAUCGUGGGACCCAAUGGUGUUGGAAAAUCAACGUUAAUGAAGUUGUUGGCUGGUAAAAUUGAGCCACAAGAAGGUGAGGUCAGAAAACACAGGCAGCUACGCAUAGGAUGGUUCGAUCAACAUGCCAACGAAGUAUUGAAUGGUGAACAAACUCCAAUCGAAUAUCUUAUCACGAAAUUUCGGAUCGACUAUCAGGAUGCGAGAAAACGACUGGGUACAGUGGGUCUUCCCAGUUCUACACACAACGUAAAGAUAAAAGAUUUAUCUGGUGGACAAAAAUCUCGUGUUGCACUCGCCGAGUUGGCUUUAGGAGCUCCAGAUUUGCUUAUAUUGGACGAACCUACAAAUAAUCUCGAUAUUGAAUCAAUCCAUGCACUGGCAGAAGCAAUUGAAAACUUUGGUGGUGGUGUCGUAAUGGUUACUCACGAUGAACGUCUGAUCAGGGAAACAAAUUGCCAGUUAUGGAUUGUUGAAAAUUUGGGUAUUGCUGAAAUUGAUGGCGAUUUUGAGGAUUAUAGGAAGGAGAUCCUGGAACAGCUUGGGGAAACACCAACAUUACCAGAACGAUAA